GCCAAAUCAUCCCCAUUCUGGCCAAGCUGGAGGCACAUUUCAGACGAUGUGAUGAAGACAGUGUUUUCACCUCUUCAAUAAAAGAGAAAGUCUGGGGUAGUCUGCAGAAAAGAUAUCAGGUAUUUGCAGACAAUAUCAAUGCGCAUGAAAAAUAGGGUUACCUUUUUUCAGUAUCAGCUCCUAUGUUAUAUCUUGUUUUACUUAAAGGAUGAAAACCUUCAGAAAUUUCUGAAGGAGGCCACAAUGAUGGACCCACGUUUUAAAGGCAGGCUAGGUGGUGAGGCAGCUACUGACAUCUGGGACAGGUUGGAGAAGGCAGCAGUUGCAAAUGCCACAGCAGCAGUUGCACAGCCUCCCACUGAGGACCCCAAAGCACACAGCGAGGUGGAUGAUGCUGACAUGGACAAGCCAGAACAAUAUCUAAGUAAGGUCCAGAAGUCACCCUUAGAAAAGCUGUUUGAGGAUGAAGACAGAGAGCUUCAACAGGCUGCUUCUCAAGCGGGUAGAGUCCCCUCAAUCACAGAGAAGGUACAGAAGGAGCUUCAAAUAUACAAAAGACUGCCAGGAAUUACCUCUGGACAAGACCCUGUGGCCUGGUGGUGGAGUAAGAGGGAUACACUCCCCAAUUUAUCUGCCCUAUCAGAAAAAUACUUGUGUGUCCCAGCCUCAUCAACGCCUUCUGAAAGAGUUUUCUCUUGUGCUGGGCAUGCCAUCAGCCAAGAGCGAUGCCGUAUAGCUCCAGAAAAGGCUAAUAUGAUUAUCUUCUUGCAAAAAAACUGCUAAACAUCACAGGUUUCAUGACAAAGUUUGUGUUUUCAAUUGUUUAAGCACUGGUUCCAACCAAAGAAGUUAUGUUUUAUUGACAGAAAGGGCUAACUUUGUUAUAAUUUUGUUUAAAAAAAAUUACUGGGAAAAAUAAAAACGCAAGAGGUUUUUGGAUGAAGUUUGUGUUCUUUAUUUUUUUAAGCACCGGUUCGAGCACCGUUUAAGCACCGGC